AUGUGUAGAAGACAUUUGUUUGAUAGAGAAAUUGUACAAUUGCUGGAAAAUGAACCUCCAUCUGAUUCUGAAGACGACUUGGAAUCUGGCGACGAACAAGGUAUAUGUAUAGAUGAUGAUAUAGUUGGUUUAGAGGAACUCGAUAAAUUUUUGGAAAAUAUUGAUGACGAUGAGUUAGAUCCGUUCCUUAAUUCUAUAAACUUAUUAGAUAGUAAUUUGGAUAUAAAUAUUGACAUGGGAGAUGUUGAAUGUGAACCUGACGGCCAAUCGAUAUCUCAUCCAAACUUUAUUUCUUUGGAUAUUUCAUGGAAACAUGAAAAAUUGUCCACCCAAAAUAUAGAAUUUACUGGUAACACUGAACUUUCAGAUGAAAUUUUAAAUUUAAGUACUCCGUAUCAAAUAUUUGGCUACUUUUUCCAAGAUGAUUUAAUUGAACAUAUUGUGUAUGAAACUUUGAUAUAUAGUGUACAAAUAAAUCCAAAUAAAAAUUUUAAAUUAAUUUCAAAUGAUGUGAAAAAGUAUUUAGGAGUCUGUCUAUUAAUGGGCUUAGUAAAUAUUUCUAAUAUUCGAAAAUACUGGUCUCCAAACUUAGGAAAUCAAAUUAUUCAAGAAACGAUGAGCGUUAACCAAUUUGAACAAAUUCGACAGUUCAUACACUUCAAUAAUAAUAAUAAUAUGUUACCUAAAGGCCACGUGGGCCAUGAUAGGUUACAUAAAAUUAGGCCAGUUAUGGAGACUUUAAAAAAACGAUUUGCUUCUAUACUGUUAGAAGAAGCUUUAUCUAUAGAUGAGCAAUUAUGCUCAACUAAAGCUCGUCAUUUUCUCAAGCAAUAUUUACCAAUGAAAUCCCAUAAGUGGGGAUACAAAUUUUUUGUAUUAUGCGGUGUAUCUGGUUUUUCCUACAAUUUUGAAAUGUAUAGUGGCCAGGAAAACAAUGACGCUAAUAGGUAUUCAUGGGAACCAGAUUUUGGCGCUUCGGGAAAUGUAGUCGUUCGACUAUGUAGAAUAAUUCCAAAAAAUAUGAAUUAUAAAGUUUAUUUCGAUAACUACUACACGUCUGUACCAUUGAUGGUGUAUAUGAAAAACCGUAAAAUAUGUUCUUUGGGUACGGUUCGCAGAAAUCGCUUAAAUAAUGUAAUAUUACCUAAUGAAAAGGAUUUUUUAAAAAAACCACGAGGUUCGUCAGAUUAUUGUUUGGCAAACAUCAAUAACCAAGAAGUUUUCGCCACAUACUGGCGUGAUAACAAGGUGGUAACUUUACUAUCUACAUUUGUGGAAAUCGAUCCUAUGUCUAAGGUAAAAAGAUUUUCAAAAACGGAAAAUAAAUCCAUUGAAAUAGACUGUCCACAUAUUGUAAGUGUAUAUAAUAAACACAUGGGAGGAGUAGACCUAUUGGAUAGCUUGUUAGGACGACAGAAAAUUAAAAUAAGAAGUCGUAAAUGGUAUUUAAGGAUUUUCUAUCAUUUACUUGAUGUGACUGUUGUUAAUUCAUGGCUGUUACAUAAGCGAAUAAUUGCUCAAAAAAAUAAAACUAGGGGCAACGUUGAAAAACCUAUGACAUUAGCUGCGUUUAAAGAAGAUUUAGCCAUAUCUUUGUGCAAAGUUGGUCAGUCAACUUUUACUAGAGGAAGGCCAUCAAAUACUAUAGAGAAUGCACUAAUACAAAAGUCCAAGAAGCCGAAAGCUUCGAAACCACCAAAUCAAGAUCUACGCAUGGAUCGCAUUGAUCACUGGCCGAUCGAUGCACCAACGAGGAGUCGUUGUAAAAUGCCAAGUUGCAAGGGAUAUACAUGGCAAGCGUGUGAAAAAUGUCAAGUUGGAUUAUGUACUGGAAAAGGAAAAACUUGCUUUAAAAAAUAUCAUACUACCUAA